CUGCUUCUUCACUGUCUGGAGGACCACAGACACCUUGGACCCCUCAGACUGUCUCACUAUAUCUGGAGUUACCAGCACUUGACGCUCGAGGACACAAAGAAACGCGCAGCUCGGGAGACGAGGAACCCCUGAGGAAAAUUGAACUUGAAACCGCGAAGGUUAUAAAUCCUGCGUCGUAUCCGAAAUCUCAUCCGAAAAUUCACUCAAGUCAUGAAAUCCCGUCGACCCAGCUGCACCGACUCCGGAUCCGAGUCCUCGGAGUCGGACUCCAAGAGCCCCGAGACGACCACCAGGCGCCGGAUGGCUGCCAACGCCAGAGAGAGGAAGAGGAUGCAGGGUUUGAACACGGCCUUUGACUGCUUGCGUAAGGUGGUCCCCCAGUGGGGCCAGGACAAAAAGCUGUCCAAGUACGAGACCCUGCAGAUGGCCCUCAGCUACAUCGUGGCCCUGAACCGGAUCCUGACGGACCCCAGGAGGCACGCCGCUCCCCACAGGCAGUGGCUGGACCUGCAGUUUGACUGCGUGCAGCCUGAGAACUACUCCUGCCUCAUGAGGUACGAGUCCCCCAGCGGACAGGAGUACCUGCACUCGUCGUUCUCCUACCAGCUGGACGGACAUCAGGUCCACGUUUAAACCGCUGCUGCCGUUUGGUAGAAAACCAGUCAUGUUGUUGGAUGUGAGUGACAAUGUGAAUAUUCUCCCUCCAGUCUAGGAGACAGUAAAUACAUUUGUAUUGCAUUAUUAUUUUCGUUUAUUUUAUUCUUCUAUCAGAGAGACUUCUGUUUCAAGCUUUUAAAGCUUUUGUGCGAGUUUUUUUUCUAAAAAAAAACAUCAAUGUUGAGCAAAUGUUUUGUUCCAAGUCAGUUGUUACAAUGACAGUUAGAGGAGUGUUUUAAUUUAAUUAUUUUUUUUAUUUUUAUCAGGUGUAUUUUAAUGUGGCCCUAAAAUGCUGUGCAAUGUUCAAUGGAUUCUGAGAAAAAUCACUGUGGUCUUAGUCGCAGAGCAAAAAAUGUUUGUAGAGCUGGAAAAAUAGACCUCUAUUUUUGUUUAAUUUCACCAAUAAUAAUAAUAAAAAAAAGAAUAUUUUCUAUGAAAA